UGUGUGGGCAUGUGAGGACACUCCUCCUCACCAAUCAGUGCACAGGGGAGUGUCUGCUCACGCCCCCAGCCUCACUCGGCUCGCUUCGGCUCGCUUCAGCCCCACUCCAAAACCGUGCGAGUUUUAGGGGCUAAGCAGGGCUGAAGCGAGCCGAGUCGUGCUGUUUUUUGGUAGUCGAAAUGCGAGCCGUGUCGGGCUGAAGCGAGCUGAAGUGAGCUGAAAAAGGGUAGUGGAAAAGGGACAUUAGUUUCCUGCGAUGCAGCCGAAAAUCAGCCCUUCCUAGCGAGACACAUUGUAUUAGACAAGAAUGGGACAGCAUUCCUAUUUCUAAAUUUGAGAAACUUGUCUCCUCAGUACCCAGACGGUUGCAGACUGUUGUAUCGAGCUAGUGUGCUACACAAAGGAAAUAUUACAAUUGCUGCCAUAGCUCCCUAACUGUUUAGAUAAAAACAAAGGUAGACCAAGGAGAGGGGGAUUAGAUUUAGCAACAACUGAAUAAAGACGAGUGGACACUUUCACAACUAUAGCCUACAUGGGGAGAGCCAAAAAAAGACCAAAAAAAAAAAAAGUAGACCAAGGAGAGAGGGAUUAGAUUUAGCAAAAAAUGCUGGUACAUUGCCUGCUCCCAUGCUAUUCGCUACUUGAUAAAAAAAAAAAAAAAACAACAACAGGGAAGUCUGUCACGUCCAGAAGUACACGUCUUUGAUAUGCCGCGGAAAAUCGCCGUGGAAAAAAACACUUUGAGGUAAGAUUUGUUUCAUAUUGACUGGGCAUUUAAACAUAACUACUUUUCCUGAUAUAUAUGAAACAUAUUAAAGGCUACACACCCUUUAUUCUGUCAUUAUUGGGCGUGUUACAUUGAUUCCGAUAGGCGUAAGCAAUAUACCCCCUCUGUGAAGAUUCUCGACUUGCCUACAGAUUAACUCAUGGUAUUGAAUCCCAUUUUCAUGUAUCUUUCUAAAAAUUGAUUUAGCUGUUUACACAUUCAUUGUUAAAAGACAUGUUCUUGAAUUCAGCACCUUUUGUAAGGCAUAAAGCUCGUCAGGAAUCCCAUUUUCAUGUAUCGUUUUAAAAUUUGUUUUCUUUGUUGAGGACGUGUUCUUGAAUUCAGCUCGCCUUUUGUAAUGCAUACAGCUCGUUAGGCUGGAAUCCCCCACUAAAUGUUCACAUUCCAGACCAUUCUCACCUCAAGCUGGACCUCCCACAAAACCUGUCCAUUUGUAAUAAAUGGCAAGACGUUGCCCAUUUGAUUUAUUUCAGCAUUUUGGUAUAGGACAACAAAUUUCUUUGGUGACAAUGGAGACUGCUGAGUUCUACAUGGCACGGACUGUCGACAGACCAAAACGUCUUGUAUCCAAAACAGCGCAGCCCUUGCAACACGCUGCCAAAAAACAGGGGUCUGCUAGGCCAGCUGGCACUCCUGCAAAAUCCAAAGUGCGCCUUGUAAGGAAGAAAUCGGCUGUGACAGUGGCAACAGCCGGCAGCAGAACAGACUGCUUUGGACUUUACAAGGAAGAAAUUAGGAUUAUGAAAAAGCGGCUAGAUGACAUGGACAACCGCUUGAAGACAGUGUCAAGAGAAUUGGAGGUAGAGAAGCAGUUUAGAAAGGCUGUGGAGGACCGUGCGAAGGCAGAGGAACGCUUUAAGAAGGUGGAGGAACUUCUGCAGCGGCUGGUUAACCCCCCACCUGCGGCGGCGCAGCUCACCAGGCCACGGCAGCGCAGCCCACAGCUCACCAGGCCACACCAGCACAACCACCAGCACCGCACACAACUGCUAGUGCUAGACGGCAAUUGUCUUUCAACGCCACUCCACCAACCCUUGGACCCAGGGUCCCGGCUGGAACUCCCCUGCCGGACAUUGAGCUCCGGGUCCUCUCUGCUGAGCGAGACGAUUACCUGUUCAGGCAGAGCCAACAAAGAGGCCAGCACAGGCCAGACAUUUAUGCCGCAAAUGUGUUCAUGGCUCUGACGCCAUUCGAAGAGUAUCAGCGGUGGGGGAAAAUGAUUAAUUGGGGAGGGUCACAAGGCAAGGCCACCUUGCUGCACAAUCUAAAGAAAAAAGUGCAUCAGUUAACCACAGAACGUUUUCCUGAUUUGUCUCCGGACAACUGGGUCAAAAUCCGAAACCGGAUCAACGAAAGACUGCGAAGCCCCCGAAAAGUAGACCCUGAGGCGGAACAAAUUGGCCACUGACAUCUUGUUUUUUUAGGCUACAGUACUUGUCUUGUUAAAACAAAAAGUGCUUUUGCACACAUGUCCCCCCCAGUGACAUUAACCAUUUUUAUACCUUUUUCCCAUUCCAAUUUUGUCAAGUUUGCACUAGCUAAUAAAAUGCACAAAUGAAAA